UUUUUCUCCACCACUGAAACACGAUUACUUCUUCCGUUGUACUCCCACUGUUAUUAUAUUUGGGACAACGCGACUCAUAUAUACACAAUUUUGUCUAAUAUUGUCUAUUGCCCGGUCCGCGAAAUCGAACGAUUCUUACUACGAUACCGUCGCAUCGCUCAAUGUCGAGCAGCCCCCAAGAAUCUCCACAACAGCACAAAGAACAACAACAACAUAUUCCGGCUUGGAAGAAGAUGGGUCUGAAACUCAAGAACGCUAAGGAUACGGUGGAGGGGGCGGAAAAGAAAAAGGGAGAUGUGGAAACAGAUUUUGAGAAGAAGCAGGAUCGCAAGAAGAGCAAGAAGAGACGGCUUGAGAAUGAUGAUGAUGAGGAGGGCAAAGAGGUGAAGGAGGAGGAUGCCGAGAAGAAGAGAAAGAAGAAGAAGAAGAGUGUGUCGUUUUCGGAGGACGCGAAGAAAUUGGAUGGUGAUGCGGACGAUCAGAAGGAGGAGCAGGAACAGGCUCAAGAGAAGGAUACAAUGCAGGUUGAUGCUGAGGGUAAUGGUGAUGAUGAUACCGAGGAUAAGGCUGAUGAUGAAGGCGAGGGAAAGAAAAAGAAGAAGGAAAAGAAGAAGAAGAACAAGAAGCAGGACGGUUCGAAUGAUGCUUCAUCCACCACGACACCGAGAAUCCACGAAACGCCUAUCCUUUCCUACCUGAGUCUGUACCACAAGCAUCGGUCGGCGUGGAAGUUCCAGAAGAAUCGCGAGACGCAUCUCUUCAAGCAUGUUUUGUCGCUGGAGCAGGUCCCGACACUGUACAAUGCGGCUUUGCUUGCCUAUUUGCAGGGGUUGAAGAGCGAAGGUGCGAAGUUGCGGUUGCGACAGAUUGCCGAGGAGGUCAUCAAGGCGGAGGUUGAUGCUGAGGAGGAUCAACCUAGUAGUGCUCCUGCAGAGACGGAGGAGUCGAAGGAGGGCUCUUCUUCUGAGGCCAACGAGAGCACCGCGGCGACGGAUAAGGCCAGUUACGACAAGGCUGUUGGUGUCUUCCGGACACGCUUGGCUGCGGGUCAAGAAGAUAUCGAUUGUCAGGAUGUUACUGCGCAGCUCAAUGCGGAGACACUGAAGAAGUACGAGAAUAGGGCACGGGCUGAGCUCAUUCUGUUUGCUGUUAACGGCACGCUGUUCAAUUAUCACAAGCCCAAGCCUGCUGCGCAGAAAGGAAAGAAGGGGGCUCAGGCCCAGCCUGGCAAGAAAAAGAAGAAGAACCGUACUGCUAUCGUUGAGAUCUCGAGCAGCAGUGAGAGCGAGAGUUCUAGUGACAGUGAUAGCGACAGCGACAGUGACGAUGAGAAGAAGACCAAGGCUAAGCCUGCAGCUGCUAAAGCCUCGUCGUCUAAGGACAGCAGUGACAGUGAUAGUGACAGCAGCAGCAGUGAUAGCGACAGCGAUUCGGAUAGCUCAAGUUCGAGCGACUAGCUUUGAUGACACUUUUGGAUUGUCG